UAUGCUUCCGCGGCGGCGACCGUAGAAGAAAUAAAGUCUGCAGCACUUUAGCGGUGUAGCAACAUAGCAACCUAGCCGACAGAAUUUGUUGUUGAUAUAUUAAACGACAAAAAAAUCUAAAAAUGUCCGACGACAGGUCUGAGAGGUCGGAUGGGAAGAUUGUGAAGAUGGAGAUCGACUACAGCGCGACUGUAGAUCAGCGGCUCCCCGAGUGCGAGAAAAUGGCAAAAGAAGGGAGGCUUCAGGAAGCCGUUGAGAGUCUUCUGUCUCUGGAGAAGCAAACAAGGACGGCUUCAGACAUGGUGUCCACAUCCAGGAUCUUGGUGGCCAUAGUGCAGAUGUGCUAUGAGGCUAAAGACUGGGAUGCUCUCAAUGAGAACAUUAUGCUGUUGUCCAAGAGGAGGAGUCAGCUGAAACAGGCUGUUGCCAAGAUGGUGCAGGAGUGUUAUAAAUAUGUGGAUGCUGUUACUGACCUGCCUGUCAAACUGAGGCUCAUCGACACUCUCAGAACAGUCACUGCUGGAAAGAUCUAUGUGGAGAUUGAGCGUGCCAGGCUUACUAAGACAUUGGCCAAUAUUAAAGAACAGAGUGGGGAGGUCAAAGAGGCUGCAUCUAUUCUUCAGGAGCUGCAGGUGGAAACGUACGGCUCCAUGGAGAAGAAGGAGAAGGUGGAGUUCAUUUUGGAGCAGAUGAGGCUGUGCAUUGCUGUUAAAGACUACAUCCGCACUCAGAUCAUCAGCAAGAAGAUCAACACUAAGUUCUUCCAGGAGGAGGGCACUGAGGAGUCUAAAUUGAAGUACUACAAUCUAAUGAUCCAAGUUGACCAACAUGAAGGCUCUUACCUGUCGAUAUGCAAACACUACCGGGCCAUUUACGACACUCCCUGCAUCCUGGAGGACAGCUCCAAAUGGCAGCAGGCCCUGAAGAGUGUGGUUCUGUAUGUGGUUUUGUCUCCGUAUGACAACGAACAAUCUGAUCUAGUUCAUCGAAUCAGUGCAGACAAGAAACUUGAAGAAAUCCCAAAAUACAAAGACCUCCUGAAGCAGUUCACCACCAUGGAGCUGAUGCGCUGGUCCUCUCUGGUGGAGGAUUAUGGGAAGGAGCUUCGCGAGGGUUCUGCAGACAGCCCUGCCACAGAUGUAUUCACGUACACGGAGGAGGGAGAGAAGAGGUGGAAGGAUCUCAAAAAUAGAGUUGUAGAACAUAACAUAAGAAUUAUGGCCAAGUACUACACAAGAAUCACAAUGAAGAGGAUGGCUGGACUUCUUGACCUUUCUAUUGAUGAGUCGGAAGAGUUUCUGUCCAACCUGGUGGUGAACAAGACCAUCUACGCCAAAGUGGACCGCCUGGCAGGCAUCAUCAACUUCCAACGGCCCAAAGACCCCAACGACCUGCUGAACGACUGGUCUCACAAACUGAACUCUCUCAUGUCUCUUGUCAACAAAACCACCCACCUUAUCGCAAAAGAGGAGAUGAUCCAUAACCUGCAGUAGCUGUGUCAUACAUGGAGCUUGUCCUUUAGCUCAAGAUUUCACUGUUUGAAUUAUAUAUAGAUUUUUUUUCUCCCUCUCUCUCUCUCUCUGCCUCUUCAUCAAGGAGGAGGUUGAACAGCUUUGUCCUGUUUUUGUAUAUGUCCCAACAGAUCGCACAAUUGGAAAGAAUUUAUUUUGCAGUGUAAAAAAACAAAAAAAAAGUUGGCAACCCUUGUCUCUGUAGGGUGCCUGGGAUCAGAGCUGCACUGCCUCACUUGCAGAUUUGUUGGCUGUUAUUUAACUGAAAUUUGCAUUGAUGUUAGUCCAGAUUUGGACUUAGUCAUGUCUAGACUGGUAUACAAGAGUGCUGAUCUAGGAUCGAUAUAGGCAGCAAAAAUGUGAUCUUGGGUCAGUACUGACACAUUUGAUACUUCAGAAAUACCACACUGGGUGCAAAUUAAGCCUGGCAUUGGACUGAGUUAAAUUGUUCGUGGCGAUUCUUCUUUUUUUGGUCCAUGUUUCAGAGCAGCGAUGGUGACAGAACAGUGUAAAGGUAGGUAGUUAAUUUCAGUGUUGACCUCACACGCAGGUACAAGAAUAUUCUAUUUGGAAAAUGACGGCAAACUGCAUCGCUGUAUACAACUGUUGCUUCAUCCUCGGUAACAUGUUUUGAGUCUUUUGCAAUGUACACAUUAAAUCUUUCUUUUCAACAUAA